ACUGCAUUGUGAUUGGUUGCAGAGUAUUCGGAUUUCUACGGAUAUUUCCGAUUUUCGACGGGAAUGUGACGAAGGUUUCUAAACACAACAUGGCGAAAUCACUGCAGCUGUUUUUGUUGAUCACAGGAUUCUUAGUGGGUUUUCUCCUUGCUGAAUGCUUUGCACAGCGCCAGAUAUGCUCUUAUUAUGGUAGUGAAAGGAAACCAAAAGAAGCAUACAGCCUCUCCAAUUGUACCUGGUAUAGGGAGAGUUCCUGCUGCACAAGAACAGAAGUGACGUCGUCAUUUUUAGGAAUGCCUCACUUGGCAACUUCCAGCGACGACUGCCGGAACCGCAUGAAUUACAUGAUGUGUUACUUCUGCAGCCCAGAUCAGUACAAAUGGUUGAAAGAGGGCAAAGUUCACAUCUGUAAAAGUUUCUGUGAUGAUAUCCUAACCCAUUGCAAGGAUGCAAAAUAUGAUGGAACUUCCAUUGGGUCUAUGUAUUCCAGUGGAAAAGAUUUUUGUGAAGCACAAUUUUUCCAAGUGGGAGACAAAGACUGCUUUGAGUUCGAUGAAGAAAUAUUUGCAAAUGGGUCAUUAUAUCCAGCUUUUUCAAAUUUUGCAAUGGUGCUUGUCAUAUUAAAUCUGAUGAAAAACCUUUUGUGGACUUGACAAGCUGUGAACUGUGAUAUUUCGUGUCACACAUAGAUAAUAGUGGGCCAACAUGGAAAUAAAGGGAGAGUGAGACAGAUCAAAAAAACUUAUAAACAGUAGUUAGCCCAAAAUAAUCAAUCCAAGUGCAGCAGUUUGAAUGGAUGCAAAUUCAAUAAUGGUGGAGAUUAAUGACUACUUUAGAUGCAACUCGGCAAGUCUCAGAGUAGUACCCAGUUGACAAUCAACCCUUCCACUCUUAUGAUCUGGUUGUUAAUUCUCCCCUCUCGCUGCUACACAUUUCGUUCUAAAUUAGAAAGGAGAAUUUGGUGUUAGAUCUAGAUAACAACUUCUUCAUGAUAAGUUGAAGUAUUCUCAUUACUUGUCGUAGGGAGAAGUUACUUUGAUCAGGAUCAUUUCCUCACAGUGAUCCUUGUCAUAAAGGGGUCAGACUUCACUUAACACAAGGUGCACUACCCCCACUUUUUUAACAAAGUACUACUGAUUCAUUUUUCAUGAAUUUUGCACAACAAAUCUUUAUAUGAUUUUAAAAUUAUGUACAAGAAUUGAUCUUUGAACUGAAUAUUUCAGACUAUAUUUCUUAGCUUAUUGCUAAAAUGAUGAUUUGUUUUUCUCAUACAAAGAAUUAUAUAAUCUGUUAAGUAUUUAAAUUGGGACUAGCUCUUAUCAAACAUAUAGCAGCCUGCCAGUAUUUUUGAGCUGUCGACAGAGAUUUAUAUUAUGUAACCUUCAAAGUUCUAAAUAUUAUAGUAUAUUAUAUCUAAUAGUUAUUAUUGA